AAGACAACAGAAUCAGGUUAAAAAUCCAGAUGCGGUGAAUGAAGACAUCCGCUUCCCCCCAAAAAGGUCACAAGAGAGUUAGGCAGAGAAAGCUCUCAGCCAGGGCCGGCCAAUCAAUGGAGGGAUAUAUAAAGCUCCACCCAUCUAGCCUUCAAGCAGAGCCAUUCCAAAUCAACAGACCAUUUUUCAUCCCGUUCAAAAUACCACCAUCUCCAAUCACUUCCCGGCGCAGGAAAUCGCCGGAGAAAUGGACCAAAUCCAGCACAAGUUCGUCGAGGCCCAAGGACUGAAGCUCCACCUUGCCGAGAUCGGGACAGGUGACAAAGUGGUGAUCUGCCUCCACGGAUUCCCGGAGAUAUGGUACUCCUGGCGGCACCAGAUGAUCGCCCUCGCCGCCGCCGGGUACAGAGUGAUCGCCCCGGAUCACCGCGGGUACGGGUUGUCCGACUCGCCAGCCGAGCCCGAGAAGGCCAAGUUCGCCGACUUGAUCUCCGACAUCCGCUCCGUACUCGACUCCCUCGAUCUCCCUAAGGUGGUUAUCGUCGCGAAAGACUUCGGGGUCCUUCCGGCUUACUACUUCGCCCUUCUUCAUCCCGACAGAGUGCUCGGAGUCGUCACAAUAGGCGUGCCAUUCGUGCCGCCGGGUGCGAUCCAAUACCAUAAACAUCUGCCUGAAGGAUUCUACUUCACCAGGUGGAAGGAACCUGGAAGGGCAGAGGCUGAUUUCGGCCGUUUUGAUGCCAAGACGGUGGUGAGGAAAAUAUACACAAUGUUUGCGAAGAUGGAGGUCCCAAUAGCCAGUGAGGGAGAAGAGGUGCUGGAUCUUGUUGAUACAUCCACCACCCCUCUCCCAGCCUGGUUCACUGAGCAAGAUUUGGAGAUCUACGGAUCUUUGUAUCAGAAAUCUGGGUUUCUAACCGCACUCCAAGUUCCUUACAGAUCGUUUGAUGAAGAGUACGACAUGCCUGCCCUGGAAGUGAAGGUUCCGGCGAUGCUGAUCGCCGGCGAGAAGGAUUACGUUCUUUACUUCCCCGGGAUGGAAGAUUACAUAAGGAGCGGGAAGGUGAAAGACUUCGUCCCCGAUCUGGAGACCGUUUUCUUGCCGGAAGGGACGCAUUUCGUACAGGAGCAAUCGCCGGAGCAAGUGAACCAGCUCAUCCUGAAUUUCCUCAAAGCUAAAAUCUGGCAGUGAUAACCCUCGAUGACUCCCUAAAGAAUAAAACUCUGGUGGCAAAGAACAAUUUUGCAAAUGGAAGACUCGAUUAUUUUCCACAACAUCUACCCAAAUUUGUAUCUUUGAAAGGGCCUUUUAUUGUUAUGGGUUUAAACAUGGAGUUUGCGACGCUUGUUUCCUUUCUACGUCCCGUUUGAACUAUAUUUGCAUUUUAGAAGACUGUUUGUACCUUGUUCGCCGAAUCACUGAGCUUUUACUCUUUACUCCGAACGAAAGGCGUACCUGUGGACAAUAUAGAGUGACGACGUUGAUAAAGAGAGAAGGGAAAGAAACCCCAAUUUCCUUGUCUCCG